GACUAGCGCGAGUAGCUGCAGCGGCGGCGGCGACCGAGCGCCCCUCGGCGUCACGCCGCCCACCUUUCCGCCGCUCGGUGGCUGCAGUCUCCGCCCGCCUGGGAGGGCGUGCUCGGCGGAGCGGAGCCGAGGGUGGGGCGCCGAGAGGGAGGGAGCCCGCGCCCCGCCGCUCGGUUUCUCGCCGUGGCACAGGCGGCGGCAGCAGCAGGUGGAGCGGGCUCCGCGGCGCGCUGCAACUGGCCUGGAACCCGCCGCUACAGCCCCGCUGGAGGGAGCAGGCCCGCAGGGCUGGAGUCCGUGGCCACCAGGGUCUGAUCCCUAGUUUGCCGGGAAGUUGGGGACCGAGGCCGGCGCUCCGGGACCGCCGCCCGGGCCGGGGCCGGGACCGGGGCCGGGACCGGGACUGGGACUGGGCGCGCCCAGGCGAGCACAGCAGCCCUGGAAGCCCCCUCCGGUGCGCGGGACCAAGGGGACGUGGCUCUUCCAGGCUACCUGACGACCUGUUCUCUCCGGAAAGAGUCGUGGCCGGCUCUGGGAUUUGGGAGGCGCUUGGAGUCCGCCGGGGCACCUUACUGGAGGUUCUCGGUUUGCGCCCUGGUAGCGCGGGAGGGUCCUGAGCCGCGCCCUCGCCUCUCCUCUGGCGUGUAGGCGCGGAGAACAGAGGGUCCGCCCCUGGGGUCCUCGGGGACGGGAGCGUCAUUCACACGCGGUCCUCCUUGGAGUCCUCGCACCCCUCGCCGAGUUUGUCUCCAGGACUCUCAGCUUGGCACUGAUCUGCAGGAGUUCGCUACUGAUUUGGUUUCUUCGUGUGGGGGACAGUUGCCGCCAACGACGCCCGACACACCCUUCCCUGCCUUCGCGGCGGGCUGGCGCCCGGGUCGCGGAGCCGGCGGGAAGCCUGUCCCGGUUCAUGGGCCCCCAAGUCUGUCCCCCCUGCUUGGCGUGCCGUCUGCUAGUCACUGCCUUCGAGGGGAGGGUGCGUGGCUCCUUUUUGCCCCUUUCAAGGCAGUGAGGUCUUGAGGAGGCCACUGACUUCUAGGGGCUUCUUGAGUGUGGCGGGAUUGGGGUACGGGCUGCGACCAUGGCCUUCACUUUCGCUGCUUUCUGCUACAUGCUGUCCCUGGUGCUGUGCGCUGCGCUCAUCUUCUUCGCCAUCUGGCACAUAAUUGCCUUUGACGAACUAAGGACGGACUUUAAGAGCCCCAUAGACCAGUGCAACCCUGUUCAUGCGAGAGAGCGGCUGAGGAAUAUCGAGCGCAUCUGCUUCCUCCUGCGCAAGCUGGUGCUGCCAGAAUACUCCAUCCACAGUCUCUUCUGCAUCAUGUUCCUGUGUGCACAGGAGUGGCUCACCCUGGGGCUGAAUGUCCCAUUACUUUUCUAUCACUUCUGGAGGUAUUUCCACUGCCCGGCAGAUAGUUCUGAACUAGCAUACGACCCGCCUGUGGUCAUGAAUGCAGACACCCUGAGUUACUGUCAGAAGGAGGCCUGGUGUAAGCUGGCCUUUUAUCUCCUCUCCUUCUUCUACUACCUUUACUGCAUGAUCUACACCUUAGUGAGCUCUUAACUCGGGGGCCACACGCGCCACAGAGACUAAGCGGGAGAGGCGGAGGCUGAGAGAUCCACUUCUGCUGGUGGUUGGAGGACAGACCCGAGGGGGAGGAGUGCAAGAGAGCCAUGGACACUUGCAACCGGGGACUGGAGCCACGCGUCAGCCACGGCCCAAGCUGCCCGUGCACAUACGUUGCUGUCUGUGUAUCACAGUCUUUGACAUCCACACCCCACACUCAGGCAGUAGCAGGGUGCUGGGGACAUGCAGCUGAAACACUGAACCUCUCCGGAACCAGAAUUCCUCAUCGAACAGGUCCCUGCAGCAAGUGCACACUGGGCUCCUGGACCACAGGUGGAGGCUGGAAGGUUCUAAGAAACAAAAUGACUCAACGUCAGGGCUGAAUCAUUGAAGACCGCAAGGCUGUGGUGGGCUAUCCGAGACUCUUGUGUUCCUUCCAGGCCAUCGCCAUGCCCUUCACCUGAGUGGGAGGGGACCGGAAGGUGUGCAGAUGGCCUGUCGCUGUCACCAGCCCUGAGCCCACACGGGAGUCGUUUUUCAUGCCCUGCUCUGUGAGAGCCUGGCUGAGUGACAUCACGGAUGAGGGUUGGCACCAUAUGUUGGUAAUGGGUUGUGUGGAGGGCUAACUGGAGAGAGGGGCGUCCUAGUGAAAAAAGACUUACAAGAAUGCUUCAGCACAUUCAGAGUGUUAGUUUUCACCACCACAAACUGUGUUCUUCCAUUGCCACCCAAAGCCACCACAGAGUUAGUGACUGCAAAUCACCUGGUCAGCACUGGGCAAAGCCACCUUCUUUAAGGGUCCAUGGCUGGAAAUGCCAGCAUGAGCGCCUUGGGUGGUGGCAUCUGGCAGCCAAGGAGCGAGAUAACUGAACUACAACCAGUUCAUUUCACGACGCGGCCUCCUUCACUUGUUUUCCAUGCAAGGACAGUUGAUUUCGAACUUUCCAUUCGGUCUUCUUUUUGAGUAGGAGUUGUGCUAGGAGGUGGUAAAUAAUGACAAGGGCGAGGUUUUUAUGAUGGUUCGAUUGGCCACAUUGAUUUUGACCUUUUUCUUUCAACAUCCCUUUUUUUUGUGUUUGACACGCACAGGCUAUUUAUACAUGUACCUAGUUCCCAUCUGAAACCUGUGAUUCAGGUUUAUGAAUGGUGUUUGUGUAACGCGUUGUGGGCUAUGUUUAAAAUGCAGCAACAACUUGGGUGUCUCGCCUACCUGGCUGUCUCAUUUAAACUCCAUUACAGGCUCCAUUUGUCUCCGUAUGGUUGGUGAGUAGGUAGAAAUAGCCAGUUUUCAAAAAGGCAUUUUGUUUCUAAAAAUUCUACAGGAAACAAGAUGCAGAUUUCUGUUCUGAGGCUGAAGGUAUAAAACUGGAAAACUUGAGAGGACAAGGGAAGCAGCUGGGGGAGCUGCGGGGGAGCAGAUGGGAUGCCCAAAGACCCCUGUGGCCAGCACCCUUACCUUGGCAGGGUAGCUGUGUCUAGGGGGCCAGAGUACCCUGAGGGCUGGCCGACUCACCUCCGGACUCCAGUCUCUUCAUCCAGAGAAAUGGCCCAGGGCUCCAGGCCGCAGACCUCAGUCUCACCCACAAGUGUCACAAUAACAUAAAUGGGGGAGGGGGGAGAGGGUCCAUCUUUGCUUCUUAUGUAGGAGCUAUUUUAUUUUUAUACUUUGCUUCUUUUAAAAAAGAUUUAUGGUGACUUAGAGCAGCAAACACAGGCACACAAAGGCUGUUAAAACUAAAAUAGCAAAUUCAGGGCGAUAAAGGAGGAGGUCACAGUGAUCAGCACCACCCUGAGGGGCUCAGUUUACUGUGACUUAGCGGGGUGUGAUAACCAAACCCACUUUCCUCGUGCUUUAUUACCCUGCAGACUUGCGCGCUGGCCUCCUCACAGUCCUAUGGCGGUGAUACUAUGCCUCCACUUUCUAAAAGCUGGCUCAGAGAGGGUAACUGACUUAGCUCCACAGACCCAGACCCCCUGCAAACCCGUGUGGCCAGGCUUAACCCCAUCUUCUUUCCACCACAUCUGGGAGCUGAUGAGCUGUUUCAGGGUCAUGGCAAGCCUGGCUUAGCAUUGAAUUUUUGGAAAAAAGACUACUUUUAAAGAAAGUGCUCUAGAGGACAUGCCUGACUUUCUUUUCCUUCUGUGUCAGCCCCAGCCUUCCUUUCUUCAGGGAGGGUCUUCUCUGAGGCAAUUUGCAGGUACUUCUUGGGCACUUUUUAGGUUGAUGGAAGAGAAACCUCCAAAUAUUUCCCUUUUACAAGUUGUGACUGGGAAAUACUUGCAGUGGUUACCUGGCCCAUGGUAUGCUGUGUCGUGGCCUGAUCUCCCACAAUCUCACAUUGACUCCCCAAAGCAGGCUGGUUAUUCUUGCCCCAUCUUACAGAUGCAACUCAGGGGAGGCAAGUCUUCCCUGCAUGAGCUAAGCAGACCAGGGCGCAACACUGCGAAACACUGUGGUGAGCGGAGAAGUAAUAGCAGGUACUCUGUGGUGUUGGACUCUGAUCUUCAUGACAGUGCCAGGAAGCCCACGCUAUCUGUUCCCAGAGAAAGAAACUCCCAAAAGACAAGUCUCUGGCAGCAGGCCACAGCUGGUAAGCUGUGUAUGUAGCCAUGGUUGGGAUUUAAACUCAGGCCUGCCUCUGCUCACAAUUUUUCCUGCUUGACCAUCUUUGUCUUAUUCUUUAUUGCAUAAAAUGGUGAAGCGGGGGGGCCCUUCCUGGUGGUGCAGUGGGCUGAAGCUCAGUGCUGUGAAGCUGGG